AGAGCACACAGUGCAGUGAGGGCACACAGUGAGACAUGUCUCCCAGGGCUCUCUCAGGCUGUGUUCCUCUGUUCGUGGCUCUGGUUUUGCUGCUCACGUUGAGGGCUCAGUGGUCGGAGGCAUCGGGACAGUUCGAGCUGGAGAUAAACUUCAUGCAGAACAUUAAUGGCGAGCUGCAGAACGGGAACUGCUGUGAGGGAAGUAGCCGUAACCACCAAGACCGCAAGUGUGUGCGGGCGCAGUGUGACACCUUCUUCAAGGUGUGCCUGAAGGAGUACCAGUCCAGGGUCUCGCCCGGGGGUCCGUGCAGCUUCGGAGCCGCCUUCACCCCCGUGAUCGGGGGCAACACCUUCAACCUGCGGGCCAGCCCCCACCCAGAGCGUCGCAGAAUAGUCCUUCCCUUCAGCUUCGCAUGGCCGAGGUCCUACACUCUGAUUGUGGAGGCCUGUGACUACAACAAUAACUCCAACCCUGGAGAUACCAUUGAGAAGGCUGUCUAUUCAGGAAUGAUCAACCCCAGUCAGCAGUGGCAGACGCUCAGACACAACGGGGCAGUGGCCCACUUCGAGUACCAGAUCCGAGUGACCUGCGACGAGUACUAUUUUGGGUUUGGAUGUAACAAGUUCUGCCGCCCCCGAGAUGACUUCUUUGGACAUUAUACGUGCGACCUGAACGGAAACAAGACCUGCCUGGAGGGCUGGAUGGGAGGCGACUGCAACAAAGCUAUCUGUCGCCAGGGCUGCAGUCCUGAACACGGCUCCUGUAAAUAUCCUGGGGAGUGCAGGUGUCAGUAUGGUUGGAAGGGGCAGUACUGUGACAAGUGUACCCCUCACCCUGGCUGUGUGCACGGCACCUGUGUGGAGCCCUGGCAGUGUCGUUGUGAAACCAACUGGGGCGGUCAGCUGUGUGACAAAGAUCUGAACUACUGUGGGACACGACUGCCCUGUUUGAACGGGGGAACGUGCAGCAACACUGGGCCAGACAAAUAUCAGUGCACCUGCCCCGACGGCUAUUCUGGGAAAAACUGUGAGAUUGCCGAGCAUGCGUGUAUCUCUGACCCCUGCUAUAACAGAGGAAGCUGUUCGGAAACCCCAAUGGGGUUUAAAUGUCUGUGCGUCUCUGGGUGGGCCGGCCCAACCUGCACCAUUGAUAUUGAUGAGUGCGAGGCUGACCCGUGUGCCCAUGGGGGCACUUGCCAGGACAUGGUGGAUGGCUUCAAAUGCAUUUGCCCCCAGCAGUGGACAGGCAAAACAUGCCAACUGGAUGCCAACGAGUGUGAGGGGAAGCCGUGUGCUAACGCCAAUGCCUGCCACAACCUGAUCGGGGGCUAUUACUGCGACUGUAUGCCGGGCUGGGCCGGCCAGGACUGUGACCUGCACAUCGACGAUUGUCACGGACAAUGCCAGAACGGGGGAACAUGCAAGGAUUUGGUGAACAGUUACCGCUGUGCGUGUGCCCCUGGUUUUGUGGGGCAGCACUGUGAGCGAGCGGUCAGUGGAUGUGCCAGCAAGCCCUGCCUGAACGGUGGGCAGUGCCAGGAGACCCUCACCGGGGUCCAGUGCCUGUGUCCAGCCGGAUUCUCCGGGAACCUGUGUCAGCUGGACAUCGAUUACUGUCAGCCAAACCCGUGUGGCAAUGGGGCCGCCUGCUUUAACCUGGCCGCCGACUAUUUCUGCCGCUGCCCGGAGGAUUAUGAAGGGAAGAACUGUUCCCACCUAAAGGAUCAUUGCCAGACGACGCCUUGUCAAGUUAUUGACAGCUGUACAGUUACCGUGGCUUCAAACACCACACCCGAGGGAAUCCGCUUCAUCUUCUCCAACGUGUGUGGCCCGCACGGCAAGUGUAAGAGCCAGGCCGACGGCAAGUUCACGUGUGACUGCAGCGAGGGCUUCACCGGGGCUUACUGCCACGAGAAUAUCAACGACUGCGCGAGUGACCCCUGUAAGUCCGGAGGGACCUGCAUUGACGGAGUGAACGAGUACCAGUGCAUUUGCCGCGAAGGCUGGGAAGGAGUGCUGUGUGAGAUCAAUAUCGACGACUGUGCUGUGAAGCCGUGUCAGAACAGAGGGACGUGCCAGGACCUGGUCAAUGAUUUCUACUGCGAGUGUAAGAACGGCUGGAAAGGCAAGACCUGCCACUCCCGGGACAGUCAAUGUGAUGAAGCCACGUGUAAUAAUGGAGGGACAUGCUACGAUGAAGGAGACACGUUUAAAUGCAUGUGUGCCCCUGGCUGGGAGGGCUCCACCUGCAACAUAGCGAGGAACAGCAGCUGCUCACCCCCACCCUGUGAGAAUGGUGGCACAUGUGUGGUCAGCGGAGACUCCUUCACCUGUGUGUGUAAAGAAGGAUGGGAGGGCUCUACCUGCUCACAGAAUGCAAAUGACUGCAAUCCACAUCCAUGCUAUAACAGUGGGACGUGUGUCGACGGUGAGAAUUGGUAUCGAUGCGAGUGUGCGCCAGGCUUCGCAGGGCCAGACUGCCGCAUCAACAUUAAUGAGUGCCAGUCCUCGCCCUGUGCCUACGGAGCCACGUGUGUGGACGAGAUCAACGGUUACCGGUGUCUGUGUCCCCCAGGGAGGAGCGGGCAGCGCUGUCGACAAGUGACGGGGAGAGCGUGCGUGUUGAAAGACCGGGUCGCUCCACACGGAGCCAAGUGGGACGAUGACUGCAACAGCUGCCAGUGUCACAACGGGAGGGUCACCUGUAGCAAGAUGUGGUGUGGCCCUAAGCCGUGCAGGACGAAUGGGCAGGGCUCGGGAUCCGGGCGGGGGAGGUGCCCGGCCUGGCAGGCUUGUUUGCCUGUCAGUGAGAGCCAGUGUUUCGUGCCCCCGUGUGCGGGCUGGGGGGAGUGCCAGGCUGCCAACCAACCCGGCGUCAAAACCAAGUGCCAGCCCAACAACGCCUUCCUCGACCGCAGCUGUGCCAAAAUCACCCUGGCCAUCAACCGCGAUCUACUGCAGCCGGUAAGUCGCCACUGA